GAUUCUUCCAGUACGGAGAUUCAUGUGAAUCGCCAAGAUUCCGAUUCCUGUACGUAUGUGUCGGUAGCCACGUGUCCAUGGCGUGUCUGUAAUAUCUUUUUCUCCUUUUAAAAAACCAGCUAGGGUUCUUCCGCAAUGGUAGCUAUGGCGCCCGCAUUGCACGAUAAGGCGGCAGCAGCGGUCCUUCCAGAGGAGAUUUCGAUCGAUUCUUGCGGCAUUGAGCCGGAUCUCGAGGAUGCCGAUGCGAUCGGCAAGCUGCGGGGCGAGCGGGAGAUUGUUCUUGGCAGGAAUUUGCACGACCAGUGUUUCUCGAUCACGGAGCCCGAGCACGACGACGAGGAGACCGGCGAUAAGGAUGUGUACAUGGCUGGUGUUCUUGCGCGCUACCGGAAGACGCUGGUAGAAAGGACGAAAUAUCACCUGGGGUAUCCAUACAACCUGGAUUUCGACUACGGUGCUCUCUCGCAGCUACAGCAUUUUUCCAUCAACAAUCUGGGAGAUCCUUUCAUCGAGAGCAACUAUGGUGUUCAUUCUCGGCAAUUCGAGGUCGGUGUUUUGGAUUGGUUUGCGAGAUUGUGGGAGCUGGAGAAGAACGAGUACUGGGGAUAUAUCACAAACUGUGGGACGGAGGGAAAUCUUCACGGCUUGUUGGUCGGGAGAGAAGUUUUCCCGGAUGGCAUCCUCUAUGCCUCCAAAGACUCGCAUUACUCGGUAUUUAAGGCAGGACGUAUGUAUAGGAUGGAAGUCGUGAAGGUUGACACACUUCUAUCCGGCGAGAUCGACUGUGCCGAUUUUCAGCGCCGACUGCUGGAAAACCAAGACAAACCAGCCAUUGUGAACGUUAACAUAGGUACCACUGUCAAAGGAGCAGUGGACGAUCUUGACGGUGUAAUUAAAACACUGGAAGACUGUGGCUUCUCCCAGGACCGCUUCUACAUCCACUGUGAUGGUGCUCUCUUCGGGCUCAUGAUGCCGUUCGUGAAGAGAGCACCAAAAGUGUCUUUCAAAAAGCCUAUUGGAAGUGUCAGCGUUUCGGGACACAAGUUCGUUGGCUGCCCGAUGCCAUGCGGCAUCCAAAUCACCAGGAUCGAGCACAUCAACACGCUGUCCAGGAACGUCGAGUAUCUGGCAUCCAGGGACGCGACCAUCAUGGGAAGCCGCAAUGGCCACGCACCACUCUUCCUCUGGUACACUCUAAACCGCAAAGGCUACCGCGGUUUCAAAAAGGAAGUGGAGAAGUGCCUGGCAAACGCGCACUACUUGGCCGGUUGCCUCCGGGAGUCCGGAUUCGGGGCCAUGCUCAACGAGCUCAGCAGCACCGUGGUGUUUGAGAGGCCGCAGGACGAAGCCUUUGUUCGAAAGUGGCAGCUCGCGUGCCAAGGCAAGAUUGCGCACGCGGUGGUGAUGCCCAGCGUCACGGUGGACAAGCUCAAAGUUUUCCUCAAGGAGCUGAUUGAGAGCCGGAGCCGGCUCUUCCCGGACGGGAAAAUCGUGGCUCCCUGCGUCGCGGAGGAGCUGGGCGCGAAGAACUGCGCUUGCGUCAAGCACUCCUCCUGUUCCUGAGCUUGGUGCAAAUCUCUCGGGUGUACGUAGGUGAUAAGUAUCUGCGUAGAAGAGAUAUUGUGCUAGUGGAUGAGCGAGCCAACUUUUUCUCGAAACUUUGGACUCCAUACAAUGAUAGAGCUGUGGGAUUUCCAGUCAAGAAAUUUAGAAAGACAAGGUCAUGCUUUUGAGACCUUGAAAGAAAAUUAAAAUGAGAAGAACUCCAGAAAUUUUCUACAGA